AUGCCAGAGAGGCUCGCUCGCUGGACGGCUGUCGCCUGCGCCUUACACGCGUUCGGGCUCUACGCGCUCAUCUUUGCCCUCCUCGUCCUCCGGCCUGCGCAGCCGCUCGCCGACCUCCAGCCGCACGCCCCGCCGGCAGGAACCUCGGUGGCGUGCGCCGUCACAGCCUCCGUGCUGUACUCCGACCGUGUCGUGCUGCCGUCCGGGGUGGCGCCGGCGCUCGUGCACGUCGACGAUGGUGGGGCCAUCAUGCAUGUCGAACAGGCUGCGCCUGAGGCCGCCGCCGCCUACGCUCGUGCGCGAGGCCUCCGCUUUGAGGACUUUCGCGGAGAGGCAAUCUCGCCCGGCCUCAUCGACGUACAUGUGCACGUAUCCGCCGUGGGAGGCCGCGGCUGGGAGGGCUACGCCACCGCGACGAAAGCCGCCGCUGCCGGCGGCAUUACAACCAUUGUCGGGAUGCCGCUCAACUCCUUGCCGCCGACCGUUAGCGUGGAUGCUCUCGAGGCGGAGGUGGCAAAGGCCGCCGCCGAGGGGCUGCACUGCGACGUUGGGCUGUGGGGCGGCGUCGUGCCCUCGAGUCUGGGCAGCCUCCAGCCGCUGCUCGCCGACGAGCGCGUCCUCGGGCUCAAGGCGUUCCUCUCGCCGCUCCCUCGCUCCGCGGGCUACGAGGCGGUUCACCCAGACGAGUUGCGGACAGCAGCGAAGGCGGCGGUGAGCGCGGCGGUGCCCCUCCUCGUCCACUGCGAACUGAUGACCACCGCGGAGAUGGAGGCGCUGCAGCCCGACAUCACGGCCGACCCCAACGCCUCUCGCCGCUUCGCCACCUUCCUCGCGACUCGCCCGCCCCUGUUCGAGCGGCGAGCCAUCGAGGCGCUCGUCGGCCUCGUGGAAGAGAUCCCUUCAUUGCGAGCCCACGUGGUCCACCUGUCGGACGCCGGAUCGCUGCCUCUGCUGCGGCAGGCCAAGCGGGCGAGUGGCGGACGGCUGUCGGUGGAGACGUGCCCGCACUACCUCGUGUUCAGCGCGGAGGAGGUCCCGGACGGCGAGACGCGCCUCAAGUGCCUCCCGCCGAUCCGCGGCGCGGCCAACCGGGAGGGGCUGUGGGAGGGGCUCUCCGACGGCACAGUCGACCUCAUCGCGAGCGACCACUCGCCCUGCGCCCCCGAGCUGCGCGCGCUCUCCUCGGGCGACUUUCUCACCGCGUGGGCGGGCAUCUCGGGGCUGCAGUCCUCGCUGCAGGCGACGUGGACGGCCGCGGCGUCUCGGGGCUGGUCGCUGACCAACCUGUCCCACUGGUGGUCGGAGGGGCCUGCGACCCUCGCGGGGCUCACUGCGCGCAAGGGGCGCAUUGCGGCGGGGAUGGACGCCGACCUGGUCGUCUGGUCGCCUGAGGCGCCGGGCGUCUCGGACAGGCUGUACACGCGCCACGCCGGGAGCCCCUACGCGGGCAGGAGCGGGUUGCUUGGCCGGGUGCGGCUCACGCUCGUGCGGGGGCGGCGCGCCUUUUCCGCCGACCCCGAGAGCAUCGAGGGACCGUCCCACGGACCGGCGUGCGGCAUGCUCCUCAGGCGUGAGACUGAGAGGGCGAUAGAGGCUGACAGCUGA